AUGCUCAGAUUAUCCUCAAACUCCUUAGAUUAUCCUCAGACUACUCCUCAAACUCCUCAGUCUAAUCCUCAGACUCCUCCUCAGAUUAUCCUCAAACUCCUCAGACUACUCCUCAAACUACUUCUCGGUCUAAUCCUCAGACUCCUCCUCAGAUUAUGCUCAGAUUAUCCUCAAACUCCUUAG